CAUGGAAGCAAAGCAAGCUGAAGCACGCUGGGAGAAGAUGAUGCUGGCCAUCGAGAAGCUGACAGGGAAGGUUGAUGCCAUGGAGGAAGAGAGGACGCUGUUUCGCAAGCAAAUGGAGGAGACCGGGAAGGCUGUUUCUCUUCUUCGGUUGGAAGCCAUGGCAAGGGAUAUGGAUCGUUAUGGGAAGGAAGAAGCAGGAGAAAGAGACAACAGAAAUUCUCAGAACAGAGGAGAAAGAAUGCACAGAGGUAGAGAGGAGAGUUCUGGGCAACUGGACAGAGAUGGGGAACAAUUGCAACAACAUAUACCAAGGAUGCCCUUCCCAAAGUUUGGAGGAACAGAUCCAGCCAUUUGGAUCAUACAAUGUGAAGAUUAUUUCAACCUCUACCGGGUCCCUGAUUUUUUUAAGUCCACUAUGGCGUCUCUCAACUUUGAAGGUACUGCAGCACGAUGGUUGCAGGUAGUAAGGUUGAAGCAAGGGUUGGGUGAUUGGAGGAAUUUGUCUAGACUGGUAUUAGACAAAUUUGGAGCUGAGGAAUACCCAAGAGCGAUGAGGAAAUUGUUGAAUAUGAGGCAAAAGGGGGGAGUGGAAGAAUAUGUGAAGGAGUUUGAGGAAGCAAGAUAUGCUACUGCUGUUCAUAAUCCUACGAUGGAUGAAACAUUUUAUGUCAGUCAGUUUGUCAAAGGACUGAAGAAUGAAAUUCAGUAUCCAGUUAUGUCCCAGCUUCCUGCUACUGUUCACAAGGCACAACUAUUGGCUCAAGUUCAGCAGGAUAUUAUUGAUAAGGGAGGAAUGAAGUUUACCAAGCAGCCUGUUCUUGGUAGAUUGGGAGGAGGAAAUAGAGCAGAUGGUAAAGGUGUUGAGGUGGGAGGAUGGAGCAAGGAGAGACAACUAAAAGAGUAUAGAAGAGUGAAUGGUCUCUGCUUCACUUGUGGAGAGAAAUUUGAACCUGGUCAUCAAGCAAGGUGCCAGAAAGGGAAUGCAGUCCAGUUACAUGUUCUAGUUCCUGAGGAUAUGGAGAAGGUUUUAACUCCUGAAGUAUUGGAGCAAAUAGAGCAAGAGGAGAAACAGGAAGAAGAGGAACUGAAGCUGUCUCUGAAUGCUAUUAACGGGGCUGAUGAUUCUCAAUGUAUCCGACUUAGAGCAUUGAUUCAGCAUCAGCUGCUAUUGAUGUUGGUUGAUUCGGGAAGUUCUACCAGUUUUAUUAGCAAGCAGAUGGUGGAGAAGUUAAAGUUGGAGGUGGAAGAAUGUGACCCAGUGAAGGUCAAGGUGGCUAGUGGGGAUAUUAUGGUCAGCACUCAGAGAGUAAGGGAAGUAAAAUGGUGGACUGGAGGGCACACCUUUGUUUUCCCUAUGAGAGUGUUGGACAUUGGAGUAUAUGAUUCCAUUUUGGGAUUUGACUGGUUGAGGGCCCAUAGCCCUAUGAACUGUGACUGGGAUAACAAGACCUUGGAGUUUUACCAUCAGGGACAGAAAGUCCAAAUACAAGGAGACUGUGCUAAGGUUACAGAAGUUUCUCAAGUGCAUGUUGUUCAGGUGCAGAAAUGGUUGAAAGGGAAUGAGGUCUGGGCUUUUGUGUUGCUGGAACAGGUGGUACCAACGACAGAAGAGGUGAAGGGGCAGUUAGCAGCACUACUCACAGAAUUUCAGGAUUUAUUCGCUCAGCCUGCAGCCUUACCUCCCAAAAGGGAGUUUGACCACUAUAUACCAUUGCUGCCAGGGUCGGUUCCAGUGAAUGCCAGACCAUAUAGAUACUCUCCACUACACAAAGAUGAGAUAGAGAGACAAGUGGCAGAAUUGCUCAAAGCAGGCUUGAUUGUUCCUAGUGUAAGCUCUUUUGCUUCUCCAGUAUUACUGGUACAAAAGAAAGAUGGAACAUGGAGGUUUUGCAUAGAUUACAGAAAGCUCAAUGAUAUGACAGUGAAGAAUAGGUUUCCAAUGCCUUUGGUGGAUGAGAUUUUAGAUGAGUUGGCAGGCACCCAAUAUUUUUCCAGUUUGGAUAUGACAGCUGGGUACCAUCAGAUUCGAAUGGGCGAAGAAGAUGAGCACAAGACUGCUUUUAAAACCCAUCAUGGGCAUUAUCAAUUCAGAGUAAUGCCAUUUGGGUUGACCAAUGCUCCUGCCACUUUUCAGUGUGCUAUGAAUAGUAUUUUGGAACCCUUCCUCAGGAAGUUUGUGCUUGUUUUUAUUGAUGAUAUUCUCAUUUACAGCCCAACAUUGCAAGAUCAUGUUCAACAUUUGAAGCAAGUUUUCACUGUGUUAAGGCAUCACCAGUUUUAUCUCAAAAGGAAGAAAUGUGUGUUUGCUCAGGCGAAAUUGCAGUAUUUGGGCCAUAUUAUUUCUAAGGAAGGGGUUGCUACUGAUCCAUCCAAGACUGAGGCCAUGGUCAGGUGGCCAGUGCCUACUUCUGUCACUGAGUUAAGAGGUUUUCUCGGUUUGACUGGGUAUUACAGGAAGUUUGUCAGGCAUUAUGGUACUCUGGCAAAGCCCUUGACAAUAUUACUUCAAGGCAAGAAGGCAUGGGUGUGGACACUUGAAGCUCAGAAGGCUUUUGAACAUCUUAAGAAGGCCAUGACUCAAACACCUGUUCUGGCUUUACCAAGGUUUGAGAUACCUUUUGUGGUUGAGACUGAUGCUUGUGAUGAAGGCAUAGGAGCUGUUCUUAUGCAGGAGCACAAACCAUUGGCUUUCUUGAGUAAGGCCCUGGGUAUGAAGAACAAGCAACUAUCCAUUUAUGAGAAGGAAUUUCUGGCCUUAAUCAUGGCAGUUGACAGGUGGAGACCUUAUUUGCAAAGGUCCUCUUUCACUAUUAUGACAGACCAUCAGUCUCUGUCUUUCUUGGGAGAACAGCAGCUUCAGUCUGAAUUGCAAAGAAAAGCUAUGGCUAAGCUUAUGGGUCUCCAGUUCAAGAUAGUGUACAAGAAGGGAAAAGAGAAUGUGGUGGCAGAUGCUUUGUCUAGGGUGGGGGCAGCCAUGACUUUAGCACUGGUUUCGGAGGUCCAACCGGUUUGGCUUCAGGAAAUUUUGAACUCUUAUGCCACAGAUUUGCAGGCCCAGCAACUUUUACAGAAAUUGGUAAUACAGAGUCCUGAUGAAGAUGGCUAUUUUCUUCAGCAGGGAGUGAUCAGAAAGGAUCAGCAAAUUUGGGCCCUUUAUGGCUAUGAAGCAUCUGUUCUUAGAAUUCCUUCGGUCACAGGGCAGGAGGAUGAAGGAGCUGUCCAGUUUGUUCAGCACAGAGCUGAGCAUAGUGAGAUGUUGAAGGCCAAUUUGGCUAGAGCUCAACAGAGGUAUAAACAUUUUGCAGAUAAGAAGCGGGUUCCCAGGGAGUUUCAGGUCGGGGAACAGAUUAGAUCUGUCAUCUAG